AUGGCGAUGGGGUCCGUGGUGCGGAUGGGGCCCUGCGGCGGCGGCGGCGGGGCCGCCCGGGACGUGGACACGCGCGGCGUGGACCGCGUCGCCAAGGUGGCCGUCCGCCACGGGGAGGCCGUCCACGCCGUGUCCGUGCUGUACGAGCGCGGCGGGCGCCAGGAGUGGACCGACCUCUGGGGCGGCCCCGGCGGGGAGCUCGCCGAGAUCUGCCUGCGCCCCGGCGAGCACCUGACGAGCGUGGAAGGCCACUGCGGCGAGUUCGAGGGCGGCUUCGUGGUGCGCGCGCUCACGCUCGUCAGCAACCGCCGCGCCUACGGGCCGUACGGGCGCCCGGGCCCGGACGGCGUCCCGUUCGCGCUGCCCGCGGCCGGCGGCAGGAUCCUCGGCUUCCACGCGCGCUCCGGCCGCCACCUCGACGCCAUCGGCACCUACGUCAAGGUCGAACGGCAAGAAAGCGAGCAGAGAUGAUCGCAUUGACCCCGAGGGAUAUAUAACUGCCUAUGGCUCGCGCCUGCUCAUGUAGUCAUGUUCUUCGACUUGUACCCGUGCAGUAGUGAAUGUAAAUCACCAUUGGUCUUUAACCA